UUUGGGAGAGUGUCUUUUCCCCUUUCCCCAUUCUGGACGCUCUGUUUUGAUAAGCUCGAGCGGCGCAGCACAGCAGGCGAUUCUCCCCGUCCAUGGCGAUUCUCGCCGCUCGAUUUUGAUUUUUGUUCCCUUUCUCUUCGAUCCCCAGUGUCGCGGUUGGUUGUUCCUCUCUUCCGCUCUCUUCCGCUCUCUGCCCGUGUGCUUUUUGCUUGCGUCUGGUUCUAGAUCUAGGUGAGUUCAUGUCGUCCCUGUCGUCGUGCCCCUGUCGUCUCGCGCACUGUUGUAGUUGUAGACGCAUGAUGUUGUUGACUCCCUGCUGGAGGUGGAGAUGCCUGAUUUGUCUGUGCCGUGCUUGUAGUUGUAGAUGCAUGAUUUUUGUUGACUCCCUGCCGGAGUUGGAGAUGCGUGAUUUGUAUGUCUUCCCGAGCACCUGUUUUGUAGUUGGAGAUGCAUGAUUUUAUGGUUGACCCCCUGCUGAAGGUGGAGGUGCGUGAUUUGUGCGCCUCCCCGCGCCGCUGAUAUAGUUGUAGAUGCAGUGGUUGUUUUCAUGUCUCCUGUCCACGGGUUGUUGUAGUUUGGGGGAUUGUGUAGAUGUGACCCCCCUGUAGGUGCGUGAUUCCACGGAUUUUUGUGUUCUGGUCUAUUACGUCCUGAUGAUUGCUGCUGUAUGCAUCUGUGUAGCUUGCUUUUGUGCCUAUACAGAGUUAGGUUUUUCUCAUGCUGAUGUGUAAUUGACUUCAGAUGUUUUGUAUGAUGUUUUGAGUUCAAGCAGGCAUGUAUUUUUGAGUUUAAUUUCAGUGUAAUUUGUGCCAGCACAUUCAGUGUAAUUUUCUGAAGGAAGUUGGGGAUUUGUGUACAUGCCCCCCUUCAUGUAUAGCACUUUUCAGUGUAUUCUAGCCAAUUUUUACAGUGUAAUCCUAGCGUAAUUUGUACCAAGUUUACAGUGUAAUUUGUCCUGCAUUUACAGUGUAAUGUACCCAAUGUUUACAGUGUAAUUUGUCCCAAAUUUACAGUGUAAUUUGUUCUGCACUUACAGUGUAAUUUGUUCAUCAAGGAAUUCAUCAUCUCCAUCUUGUCCAAAUUCAUGUUAUAGAACAGGUUUGUGUCCCAGGGAUUGGAUUCUCCUCCCCCAUCUUCGCUUGCUGGUAUUUCCUGAUGCAAUUCUGCCUCCAGUGUCUACAAAGAAACUCCUUCAGUUUUUUGUUCUUGCAAGAGGUGAAGAGAGAUGAUGGAUGAGGGAGUUGGUGUUCGACUGUUUUUGCUGUGUGGUCCCUGAAUCAGGAGGGGGGUUUGUUUGUUCAGGACAAACCGGAUGGGAUGUUUACCCGACCCGUUUAGUGAUUUUACUGCUAAUAAAGGUGUACUGUGUUGAUUGGUCAGAAAAUUUGACUGUUUUCGAAUUGAAAAACAGUCAAAUGUCAAAUAAACAGUCAAAAAAAUUGAUUGAACUUCUAGGAUAAACUGGGCAGGGAUAGCUUAUUCUACGAGCCGCCGAAAAAAGCCACCAAAUGAACUGGCACUAAACAAGCACGCCAAUCAACGGCGCCUGUUGAUUCCAGCGCACAUUUCCUUGUUUCUUCCCCCAUCCUUCGGCUCGGCUCGUCGAUCGGCGGCGAUGUCAGAGGAGGCGGCGAGGAGCAGGGUCCUGGUGGUCGGCGCCACCGGCCGCCUCGGGGGAAGCCUCGUGCGCGCGAGCCUCGCCGCCGGCCACCCCACCUUCGCGCUCAUUCGCCCGCACUACUUCGCUCUCCCCGACUCCGCCCCUCUCAAGCCGCUCGCCGCGGCCGGCGCCACCAUCCUCAAGGGGUCGCUGGACGAUUACUGGAGCUUGCUGGAAGCCGUGCGGCAGGUGGACGUGGUCAUCUGCGCGGUGCCCACGAAGCAUGCGCUCGAGCAGAAGCCUCUGAUUCGGGCUAUAAAGGAAGCUGGGUGCGUGAAGAGAUUUAUUCCGGCGGAAUUUGGAGUUGAUCACACAAAGGUGCAGAUUUGUGACAUGGACCAUGGCUUCUAUGAGAAGAAAGCUGAAAUCCGCCGUUUAAUAGAGAGCGAGGAUAUUCCUCACACGUACAUCUACUGCAACUUCCUGAUGCGCUAUUUGCUUCCUUCGCUAGUGCAGCCGGGUUUAGAUGCCCCUCCAAGAGAUGAAGUUACGAUAUUUGGUGGAGGAGAUACUAAAGGUAUCUUCGUUGAAGAGGGCGAUGUGGCUAAAUUUACGGUGUGUACCAUAGAGGACCCCAGAACAUUAAACAUGACAUUGUAUCUGAGACCUCUGGGAAAUAUCUACUCACUGAAUGAAUUGGUUAGCCUCUGGGAGACAAAAAUCAACAAAUGCCUAAAAAAGAUACAUAUAACUGAAGAGCAACUCCUUAAAAACAUUCAGAGUAAGCUAACAGUACUCUUGGUGAAAGGUUUCCAUGAUAUAUUAGUAGAAUUAUUUCUGUUGCUUUUGUAUGUGCUCUGCUGCCAGGGUUAUUCCUUUCAAACACCAGGUUUAAUCAAAUCCAACUUUGAGAAAGGUUCUGAUGCUCUUUUCUGGUACAGUUGUCUGUAAAUGGAAGGAUGUGGUUUCGUUCUUUCAGUUAGAAAAACAUAAGCUGUGGUUACCCCUUGCAAUCUAAUACAUCCUCUGUUUCUAAAUAUAAGACAUUUUAGCAGUAACAGAGGUAGUAGAAGUUUAGAUGCUAAUACUUUUUCUUUAUCUUUCGCCUUACUCUACAAGUUCCAGCACUGACCUCUCAUUUUUCUGAACCUUGGCAUGAAUAAUUGCGAAUACAGACUCACCACGAAUUAUAACUCUGCUCCUAUGUUUAUAAGUAGUUUGUGAAUAACACGUGAAUGUUUUUCUAUAUUUAUUUUUGUAAAGUCUUAUUCUCUCUCUUUUUUUAUUUGCAGAUGCACCGUUUCCUCUGAAAAUGGAUUUGAUAUUUAUAUAUUCAGCUUUUGUUAAGGGUGAUCACACGUAUUUUGAAAUUGACUCAAGAAGUGAAGGAACUCAACUGUAUCCUGAUGUAAAGUAUACCACAGUUAGCGAGUACUUGGAUACACUAGUUUAGAAUGUUGGUGAUCUGUAUGUUGCUCAUAAGUACCAACCUUUUGUUUCAAUUGACAUUUUGAAUGAUGAUGAGAAUGAUGAAUGUGUUCCAAGUUCUUGUGCUCA